AUGAAGGCAGGAGAUUAUUCGCCAGGUUUGAAUUGUCGAGGUGGAUUGCAUGAAGCCAUUAGGGGAUGGAAAGAGGAAAGGUAUCAGAUAAAAUUUUACGGAGGGUUUCUGCAGGCGAGGUUCAGAGGUGAUGGUGUUGUUCUGGUGCUUAGGGAGGGGCUUGGCAGUGGCCGUUCCUCGCUUGUGUUUGGUUUUCAAAGUCCCUAUUCACUGUCGUAUGCAAGACGAGAGGCCCUUGAACUAUAUAAAUUCACUCCUUUGGCCUCCGGUGUAUCCCUUUAUGGAGUGGCCCAUACCUUCAGUUUAACUACUGUUGGAGACGAGAAAGGAAACAAGACACCUGGCUGGUUCACCGCUGGCACGGCUGUUUCCUUUCUCCUCUUUUGUUGUCUUGUUCACAACCACAACAACGGCAACAGGGGUAUAUCGGGCACAGAUAUAUUGAUUAAAACUUCAACUAGGCAGAAUUCUUCUGCCAUGGAGUUUAUGAUACAGGAAGGAGGUCCAUAUUUCACAAUGGCCUUAAGCACGAACUUCUUCCUAGAAACGUACGUUCUUCAUCCCUCCGCAAACACUCCCCAUGUCUUCUUCGUGUCAGAAGAGCUUCUUCAUGAAUUUCUCAAGCAGUCGUUAAUUGGAGCACUGACCAUUAUCGAUGGAAAGGGACGGCAUGAUGCUCGCUUCUUAAAUCUCCUCGCGUGCCGAAAAUCUAUUGUAAGUUCAAUAAGGCACAGCAAGUCUAGCCAUGUAGAGCAGCAUUUCGGUCUAUAUCUAUCGCAAUUCAAGAGCAUGAACCAUUGCCAUUCUCAAUGGUUCUUUCAGAGAGUAGGAAGGAAACGGCAGGACCAGACGAGUCUGAAUGAAGGUCUGAAGGAACUCCUUCCAAACCCAAACCUUUACACAUCGCUGCAUUCAUACGUCCUCAAAUCAGGGCCAUAUAGGUACCAGGGUGCGCACCCUUCCAUCCUCUCGAUGAAAUCUCCUGUUGGUCCUAAGAGUGCUCCUUCCAGAAAUGCUGAAAGACGCUUCCCGGUUGCCCCUCAAACUCCGCCAACCCGGUUCAGGCUGUCCUUGCGCCCUUCUGAUGGCCGAAUUAGAGCAUGCAUCCGCCAUUCGGAGAAACAGGAUGCUCAUAAUGUGGGUCCAUAUCACCGUAAGACCCAUACAGCAUUCACACUCCUUCCCGUCCUCAGGCCACCUGACCAAAGAAUCACCGCUGCCGAGGCAUUGCCGAGCGGGGCCAGUGGUUGGCUCACCGUAAGAGCCCCAGUCUUCACCUUCGAUCACCCUCAGAGAGUCGCCGCUUUGGUGCUUGUUUCCUUUCUCCUUCCUGUCCCGGGGAUCAACCUCUUUGGUUCCCGGGCGCCCUUCACUACCGUCACUUAUCCAUUCGAGACAACUGAGCGAUCCUCUUCUUCCCACAACGAGCAACACUAUGCCCACACAGCCGAAUCGGACCCUCGAUCUCGAACGAUACGUCGUCACCCACGUACAAACCGCAUGUCUUUGAACUGGGGCGGAUUCUACUGGGUAAGCUCUUGCUUCCUUCCCAACUCCUUAACUCUAGUGUCCAAUGUUUGCAGACUUGUCGCAUCAGCAUGCUCAGAUCCUAGCUGCAAUAAUGACAAUCUUCUCUCGUUGAAACUAUCGUCUUCAUCUCUCUACUUUCCCCCAGCUUCUAACACCAAGCAGGUUUCCGUGGCGAUGGACUCACAACUCGCAACUCGCUUGUUUCAACUGGAUUCAACACGCUACCCGGCUUACUCCGUAUAG